CUGAUAGAGUACAUCAAAAAGAAGCAAAAGUCUCCGCGCGACGACGACGACGGUAGUAGCAAAAGCAAAAGCCACAUUCUCCAUCUUAAGUUUUCUUCGCGGUGUGUCGCGACUGUGAUGUGCAGAAAGUAAUUUCGCGAAAAUUAGUGCUUACAGUUGCAAUUCGGCGGUAAUGCAUUCUUCGUCAACUUGUAAAACUCUUUUUCCCUAGGAUUGUGGUGUCAUUUUGCAGCAUUCAAGUGGCUGAUGUCAAAGUGCAACGAUUAUCGAAGCGCUAAAAGUAGUCUGUGAAAUUGUGUAGGCUCAGGAGCUCUGAAGGAAAAUCAAGGGAUAGUUACAGUGGAAGAAUCAUUUUCCGUGUUGCUGUGACUCGAGCUGCCCUGGAUUUAUAGGUGGAGCUGCUUAUGAUUCAGAGUAAAGUUAAUCUGCACUCGCUGAAAGAUCCGAAGGAAGCAUCUAUAAAUUCGAUUGGUUUAUGUGUCCAAUGAAAAGCAGAACGCGGUUCUGGAUGACGAGUGGAAAUGGCCGCGGCCGUCGAGGAGCCUGACCUGUUCAAUGGGCUGGAGAUUACCGAAAUGGACGAGUUAAACAUGGAGAACGGGGAGGAAUAUGUUUUUAUUCCGUCGGACAAUGAGAACGACGAAGAGAAUGGCAGCGGUGGCGAUCACGAUUCGUUGGCAAGUCAAUCGAUAUUUGAGCGCGCAACAGUUCCUGCCGUUUUGCAUUCGCAGGUUGUUCAAAGGAUAGAGGUUAAGGAAGGAAAUGGUACUAGAAUGAAUUCAACCGAUGUUAGUACGGAGACGGUGCUUCCACGAAUUGAUUUGGCCACUUUGCUGCAAAGAACUGUCGGCGAUGAAACUGAUAGUGAAACGGAAGAAACUGCACGCGCCGUAGAAAACAUGAAAAUGUCAGUUGGAUCUCAAGUAUCUAAAAAACAUGCAAACGACAGCUUCGUAGUACGCUAUGAUUUAUCGUUAGACACACAAGCUUUAUUGAGUAUUGGUCAGUCAGAAAUAAUGACUUUGGAUCCAACAGUAAACGAUUUUGGAAUAAUGAUCAAAGAAGAAAUUGACAUCGAGGAAGCAGUUGUUAAUUUUCCUGAAGAAGAAGCGGAAGAUGUUACAGCUCCUCAUUUACAGGAUGAAAUUAUUGACCAUGAUGAACAUCACUUGGGCAGUGAAGUAAUUACACUUGAUUCCGAUGCUGCUGAGAGCGAAGCUGAAGAAGACUGUGUUUUAAUGUCUUUGAUAGAACAGUGUCCCGUUCCUAUCAAAGAAGAGGGACCUCAUGAAGACAGAACUCCUGUAGAAAAUGAUCACGCCUACACUUCGCAGACUGAAGAAACCACUGGAGCUGCUGUGAAAACUGACAAGCAACUCAACAUUCAAACGCUUGUUGAUAUAUCCAAACAAUUAUUAGAGGAAGAUGAUUCUCCUGUGUGUAAUAUAGAUGAAACGCUUAAAAGUAUUGCAACAAUUGAAAAGCACGUUAAUUCACUUAAAGAAAAAAUUCUAUCACAUCGUGAAAUAAACACUUCUAUUACUGUGCAGGGAAUGACUUCCAAUGAAACACUACCUGCUAAUUUUGAGCCAGUUACUCCAGCUGAACCUUUACCUAGUGAUCAAGAUGUUUCUGAACCCGUACUUCCUGCUGACACUGCGAAUUUGGGGCAAGAUAUGAACGAAGCAGAUAAUCUGUCGGUAGUACUUUCAGAGAAUUGCUCAGAGCGACUAGAGUGCAACUCUGUAUCCGACUUGGCCAUGUCCGCAUCAUCAGACGUCAACGAAGUUGUAUCAACUAUACUUAUGGAUGAUAAUAUCCCGAAAAGAUUAUCCACGGAUAGCGAUGCCGAUAUUUCGUCUCUCGAAGAUGUUAUGACGAAUAACUUAUCAAGAAUAUUAUCCCCACACCGUUCAGAACCACUAGAAGCAGUUAAUGAUAUCCAAGUGGAGAUGAACUGCGAUCAAGUAGGUGAAACUAUUGAGGUUGCUCAGUGUGGAGCACCGUCUGCGGUAACAGAAAUUGAAACUGCCACUGUGGAAAAAUGCAACGCUGAUGGUAUUGAAAACGGGGAUGAAGCAGAACAAAGUGACAAAACCAUCAACAAAAAACAAUUGUUUAUUGCCAGUAUCGAUGAUUUAAUAGCAUAUGGUGAAAUUUUCGCCAACGAAUGUCAAAUUUGGGGCAAUAAAAUAAAGAAACAUCAGAAGCAACCUGAACCUGCUGGUGAAACAGAUAACACAUUCGAAGGAAAAGAGACUUCAACAACAACUGACGAAUCUAAUCGAUUUGAAGUAUUCGUUGCUAGACUCACAGAAAGUAUGCAGCGUCUUUCUUCUACCGAAUGUCCCCCUAAAGAUUUUCCAUUAACCGUAGGAAAGGUUAGUGUUUCUGUUCAAACUGAAAAACGAAAGCUUUCAGCGAAAGUUUUGAAUGAAAAGUACAAGCAGCGAUUGCUUAGCUCUUUAGCAGCUGUCGAGGCCGUCUACAGUGAUUCGUCAGUUGGUGAGGAAUCUUAUGCAUCCAAUGAUGGGGCAGAUUCUUGCGAUUCUGUAAACUCUGCCAGGCCUGACCUUGAUUCUGACGAUGAGGCCUUCGAAAGACGGCAAAAUCGGAGAAAAAAUAAACGUCUAAAGCGAGAGAAAAUGCUUUCAAGAGAUUUCACCGAAGGAUCUGAAAAAGAAACUAAAGAUGAAAAGGACGAUGCUUCUGAAGCAGACGUAAACCCUGCUAGGAAACGUAAUGUCAAUCGCUUAAAAAGUACUGAUUCGUGUGAUGUUGGCAAUAGAGAACGGGAGGACUCAUCGGAGCCUGAUCUUUCUCAGUAUUUGAUUCCUAAAACUCCACUCUCAUCUGCUAUUGGAACAGUGGAAGACGAUAUUUCGGUCAAAAAUGAACCAUAUUCAGAGAACGACUCCGAACCGGUCUGCAGGAAGCGUAUUAUUCGCACUGACAGUGUCGAUUACGGCAAUGAUGGAGACGAUGAGGGUGGAAACGAAUCAAUCGUAAGAAUGGAACAAGAGGAUAAUUUGGAUCCAUCGGUGAAGCUUGAAUCAUCGUUGAGCAUAUCAGCUUUGCAAAAUACGAACAGCGAACAAAAAAUGGUUGAAGAGAAUGACGAAGCACGCAGCAGUAGAGAUAGUGAGGAGCAAUCGGACAGUGAAUUAUUAGACGAUGUAUUGCCACCGGUAGAUGAUAUUUUGUUGGAUGUGGAUGAUAUACUACCCGCUGCGGAAGGCGUUGUACAGGAUUAUCUUGUAGAGGAAGAAGUCCGAACAGAACAGGACGUUAUGGAGCAAAGAGACGUCAUAAAGGUGGCACCAGCAGAAGAGUCAAAGAAAGUUGAAAGCAAAAACAUCACAGAGGAUGAUCAGAAGGAUGGAGAAUGUGGAAAUGAAAAGGAAGAUUUGCAGCCAAACUUGGACGAGAUGACUGAAUCAGAGCUUGAAGAAUAUUAUGAUAAUUUACGUGAAAAAGAAAUUGACAAGUUAUGUAAUCUAGACAAUUUAGAAGUGGCUAGAAGUGCAUAUCCACCAAAACCACAGGAAGUGAAAAAGAAGCCAGUUGUAAUCAAGAAGAAGAAUCAUGUCAUUGAAGACAUAUUGAAUGAUGUGGAAAUGCACCACGAGUCAGACGAAAGCGAUAGCGACACUGAAGUCGUGGAGACGGAGGAACUGUUUCUGCAAAAAUGCAACGAAAAUAUGAAAAAUCAAAUGCUGAAUCAGCUUAGCAGUAGUGACAGCGGUAAUAACUCUGGCAGCGAUGACAGCAUUGUAGAUGCACUUCGAAAAGAUGUAGACGGUGAUUCUGAUGAUUCCGCAGGCUCGAUUCUAAUGGAGAAGUUCUUGAAAAGCCUGAAUAAGGACCACCACGGGAGUGAUGAAGAAGAGGAGGAGGAAAAGAAAAGUAAUGCGAGUGAUCAAGAGGAUAACAAUGAAGUGGAUUCUAAUAAUGAAAAGAAGACUCAAGCAUCUGAAAAAUGUGACAUACCGAAAGAAAAUGAACAAAACUUUAUUGAUGAAAGCAUAGAACCAGACGACAAUGAGGAAGCGAUGGAAAAGUUGAAACAACGGCUUCAAAAAUCAGCUCAAACAAAAGAUGAGUCGAAAAAAGUUAGUUCGGAUGAAAAAUCUGACAAGGAAAAAUCAGGAGAAAGUAAGAUAAGUGGAAGUAAAACUACAAUCAUUGAUCCAAUCGAUAAGCAAUUGUUUAGUAAGAAAAUGUUUCGAGAAGUCGAUGAAACAUUGCAAAAGGAUCGCGACAGGCGUAUGCCAGGCAAAGAAAAUGGUUCGGUUACUGAUCGCUCGGAACGAAUUGCAAGUGAGGAUUCUGAUGUUGAACUACUGGACGUAUCGAUGUUCCAACCAAAGCGAAAGCUUAAAGAGAAACCAUUAGAAAGCUUUGAUUUCAGUGUUACGGCUAAGCGAGGCACUCAGAUAAAAAGGAAAGAUGUGAAAGAGGAUGACUGUAUUAGCCUCAGCUCUGAAAGCGAAGCCGAGGUAGAAGAACCUAAAGAUGAAACGGAGGAAAAGGAGAAUAAACAGCGAAAAAUUCGCACUAUGCUAACCCAAGAUCAGCUGGCUGACGAAACCAAGACUGCUCAGAAAGAUGAGGAAAUACGAGUGUCCAGAUUGAAAAAGAAGAAUGACCACUUGAAGAAAUUUCUGGCCACAUUCAAACCUGGGCCAGAUGAAAGCAAUCUUGUAUUGGAUUAUGAUUCCAAAACCAAUAGUCCAAUUUGUGUACACCCUGAUAUUGUUAAAUUGCUCAAACCACAUCAGCGGGAGGGAGUUCGAUUCAUGUACGACAAUACAUAUGGCAGUAUAGAUUACAUCAACAAGCACCCGGGCUCUGGAUGUAUUCUUGCACACUGUAUGGGCCUUGGUAAAACUCUACAACUUAUCACAGUGUUGCAUACGGUGAUGCGAUACCCUCAACUAAAAACCAGAAGAGUGUUGGUGAUUUGCCCUAAGAGUACUGUGAUGAAUUGGAGCGAUGAAAUUCAACAUUGGCUUGGUUCACUUAAAAGCGGUCCUCGUCUGAAAGUUUUCUAUUUCCCCGACAACAGCGACGUAAACGAUAAGCUAAAAGUGCUCAGCGAUUGGUACUCUUCCACGGCAAACCGGUGCGGUUGUAUGCUUAUUGGUUACGAAGCCUUCCGCGUUCUGGUUAACUACGAGAAGCGCAAGAGGACCCCGUCGAAUAUCCUAGCAGCAAAAGCCGCUUUCGUAAAGAAAAAGGUAGACGAAUAUCUGCUCAACCCGGGUGCGGAUCUGGUCAUCUGCGAUGAAGGGCAUCAAAUUAAAAAUAAGAAAUCUGCCAUAAGUGGAGCGGUAUCACAAAUUAAAACUCGCCGAAGAAUUGUGCUGACUGGAACACCUAUUCAGAACAAUUUGAAAGAAUACUACUGCAUGGUGAAUUUUAUUAAGCCAUCUUUCCUCGGGAGCGACAGAGAGUUUAACAAUUUGUAUGCGAAUCCUAUCAAAAAUGGUCAACAUAAGGAUUCCGAUAGUCGUGCCAUUAAAAUUAUGAAACAAAGAUCAUAUGUACUGCACAACAAAUUAUCAAAGUUUGUUCAGAGGCGAGAGGCCGGAGUGCUGAAGGAGUUCCUACCGGAAAAGUUUGAGUAUGUGUUGUUCGUUCCACUAACGCCCGUACAAGAAAAAAUGUACGAAGUAUUUCUGCAAAUGAAUGAAUACAUUACGCCUGCUGGUGAAAACAUCGCAGAGGGAGCAAGAGGCAAAAAGUUUAAGCUACUAGCCGAUUACACUUCCCUCAGAAAGAUUUGGACCCAUCCUAAAGUUUUGGAAAAAGCAUGGGAAACGGCAGUUCAAGAGAAAACCAAACGGGACGCUCGGUUCCGUUUGACAUCUACACCGGACUCAGACGACGAUCGCCCUGAUGAUUACAACGACAUUUCCUCUGGAGCUCUUUCGGUCACCAACGAUUGGUGGCGGAGACAUCUGGAAGCCAAUGAUCUGGAAUCACUUUAUCCAAGCGGUAAACUACGGGUUAUGUUUGAGAUAUUGAAACAAUGUCACGAAAGGGGAGAAAAGUGUCUAAUUUUCUCUGCAUUUGUUGCUGUGUUAAACGUGGUUGAACACUUUAUGGCAAAGAUACAUAACCAGGGAAAGGAUCCAGCGGCUGAUGUGUAUGGCUACAGCGCAUUUAAGGGCCCGUGGGAGCCAGGCAUCGAUUACUACCGCUUGGAUGGUAAAACGCAGAAAACUAUCCGCCAUAGAAUGAUUACAUCCUUCAACGAUCCUUCAAACAAACGAACAAAGUGUUUCCUAAUUUCGGCAAAAGCCGGUGGCCAAGGCAUAAAUCUGAUUGGAGCAAACCGAGUUAUUAUUCUGGACACCUCUUGGAAUCCGUCUAAUGACCAGCAGAAUAUUUUCCGGAUAUUCCGAUUAGGACAGAAGAGAAAAUGUUUCGUUUACCGGCUUUUGGCUAUGGGGACAAUGGAAGAGAAGGUGUAUUCAAGAUCUGUCACUAAACAGGCAAUGAGUUUUCGAGUGGUCGACGAGCAGCAAAUCGAUCGACAUUACAGUUUUUCAGAGCUAGCUGAAUUGUACAGUUUAUCAAGGGUAGCAGAUCAAGUUCGGGAAACACCCAUACUUCCAGCGGACGAUUUGUUAGCUUCAUUAUUACGAAAUUAUCCUGCGUGUGUAUUUAAAUAUCACGAGCAUGAUUCGCUACUUGAGAACAAACCAGAGCAAGAUCUGAGUGAGGAAGAGAAGAAGGAAGCGUGGGCUGCUUACGAGCGUGAGAUACAGAACAACGAGAAACCAUCGUAUUUGGGAAAUUUGGGAAUGAUGCCUGGUUUUCUGGGAGCAGGAUUUCCCGGACCACCAGGUUCCGGUAUUGGACCCUAUCCACCGAUGAACUAUCCUGGACUCUCAGGAACUUUGGCUGAUAUGUAUCGAAAUGAUUUCGGUUAUGGCUCUAGUAUGAAUAGGCUCAUGUACCCAUAUAGCCAGCAACCGUUCCCAAUGAUAAAUGAUCCGAGCUAUUCGUCAAUCAUGGGUAAACAACCGUUUCCCAAUUUUAAUUUGCCUGGUUCAUCGAGUAGCAUUCCGGACUUUGCAUAUCCUUCUGCAAUGAACGGCCAAGGGGCACCCGGGACAGCUAGCUAUAACUCGACAGCAGCGUUACAAACACUUUUAGAUCUAUACGCCAAAUCCAUGUCCGGUGGAAUGAGUUCCAGUACCAUAACAACCACUACAGCAGCCCCAGUGGCUGCCAGUACUUCGGCGUCGUCAGUAGGCGUUUCGCCGUACAAUGCGCUGAGCUCAUUGAAACAGUUCAACGGGUUUCCUCCACCGAAUCCUCCAGGUGUUAGUCCCAGUCUAUCACUUCCUUCUCCACAGCAUCCUCCACCUCCUGCAGUAAGCUCACAAACCCCAGCAACCUCAAACAACGCUGCCCUUAUUAAUAUGCUCAACGAACAGCCUAUGCCAAUGUCAUCGGCAGCUUCUUCCGGUCCGUUUUCACAUCUAAAUUCUCCUCUACCUGCUCCCUCCAUUCCAAUACCUCCGCGAAGUACUCCUAGUACAACAGUAACGACAAUGGCAAUGCCCUUACCAGUAUUAACCAGCUCCACAGUGGUCAAAAGUGUUGCUCCAAGCAUCAGUGCCGCAUCGAACCCACCUGUUUCAAUGCAGCAAUUGGCGAAAUCUAGUGGACCAUCGGCACUACCCAUCACCAAACAUGGAACAAGUGACAAUAACCCAGGUAACGCAAAACCAAUUCCAUUAACAACUACAACGAUAGUAGCCAGUGAUGACGAUGAUGUGGAUGACGAUGGUGUCCCUCGGCCGCAUAUAAUUGUACGAGAUCCUUCGUCGAUAAAUGCAACAGGGCAGGCUAAAACGCAGGACAAAGAUAAAGUAGUAAAAAAAAUCAAUAUGGGUAUUGUCUAUCCAGAAGAAAAAAAUCAGAAAGAUCAGUCCAAAAAUAUAAUGUUAGGUGCGAAGAGUAUAACUAACUUAACAAAGCCGACGAUAGCUGUAAAAAAUGUAGAAAGUAUGAAGGCGGCCGUCCCGACUGCAACCACAUCUGGAAGUAACUUGAAAACCGUUUCGCCAGUGCUCGCCCAGCCACGCCCUGGAUCUGUCAGUAGCAAACCCAUGCGUGCUUCACCCAUGCAACUAACGCAUCAAAAUCUCACUAAACCACAACAACCUACUGCUGUACAUCAUCCCAUGGUUCGUGUACCACCGGCAGGAAGCUCGCAGAGUAUAAUCCAAAAGCAACCGUCUGCGCCACAACGGCAACAGGUGCCGGUGAUUACCAGUGCCAAAUCGUUGCAAAUGUCUUCGGUGAACUCUCAAGCGACUCCUUCGCCCGGAUCUUUCAAUCUACAACAACGACCACCAAACCUUUCACCAGUAACAUCCAGCUCUUCCACGGUUCUACCCAGCACUAGUUCAACAGCAUCCCUUCCGCGCGGUGCAAUUGCGGCUCAGCAACUCCGGGAACUGCAACAGCGAAUGAAUAUAAACAGCAACUCAAGUACUAAUCAUUCACCAGGUCAACCUAGCAAUUUAGUUGUAUCCAAACCGAAGAAAACUGCUGCUCAAAUAAUUGCUAAUAGACAAAGAUCGUUGGGUGCCGUGAAACAACAACAGCAGCAGCAACAACAACAACAGCAAGUACACCCGGGAGGACUUUUUGCGUCACCUGCCUCCAAAUUACUAAGCGUUAAUCAGAGGCAGCAAAAAUCACCUAUUAACACAGUUGCAACCAGCUCUUCUCCACGAAUUACAAAAACCGCUUCUCCGUUAUCGGACAGCGUUAGUAUUACCAAAAUUACCAGUACUGGUCAGCGGAUAGCAAUGAACAAUCCGUCUAUUAGUUCAAUCAGCAAUACUAAUAGUAAUUCUCCCAACAUCAGUCCUGCUCUUCUAAGCAGUAGUAUAGGAAGAAAGCAGGAUCUGGUUAUUACUAAAACAAUUCCUGGUGCUGCUACAGUGCGAAAGGUAGUUUCCGGACCGAACAUGAUCGUUAAACAGCACAUGGCGCCAGUCGCAAAACGAAGCUUCCCAUCGGUAACGCCAGCGAUGAGGAAUACAGCAACAACGUCAACAACACCCGCGACAGCGAUGAAUUCAACGAUGGGAAGCACUGGUAGCGUGAAUCGAAUUAUUUCGACCGCCGCAAACAGCAGCAGUGGUAACAGCAUUACAGUACGAAAACGUAAAGCCCCCGAACCAACACUAAUAGAUAGCCUGAAGGCUAAAAACAAUUCCAUCACCAUCAGUGAGGUUCGGUCGAUCUAUCAACCACCGGCUGCCAAGAAACCUAAUCAGGGUACACCAGCACAAGCACAGAAACGGUUAGGAAGUGGUAUCACGAUCACGCCUAGAAAACCAACAAACCAACAGGCGCAACAAAAUGUCGAAGUGGUGGAGAUUGAAUGAACCCCAACGUCAGCAUCCAGCAAGUCGAUUAAAGAAUAAAUGAAUGCAAUAUCCUCCUUACGUCCUGGAAAUAGAAGGCUUGCUGGGAUGCGUUACCAGUACAGAGCACUUUCCUGUUAGGUUAAAGUGGGGAGCGAGUAAAUCCUACAGGAAGUCCAGCGGAGUACCAGUUUAAGAGCAUAUUUUAAGCAACAUUAAUACAGGAAACCAAAACUAAUUUAAAAAUAACUGUACAACAUAACUCGCUUGAGAACGAUUUUCUUCCUGGUGAAUAUCUACAAAUUAGUGCAAGCGAAAAUUUGUGUACGUCGUUUAGAGCAUAUAAAAGCUAUAAAAAAAGAAAUCGUCGCACAAUAAUAACAGCAAAUUUUAGUUGUGACAUAUUACUAUUUUCGAAACUAAAUAACUCAGCAUGUUUUACCAGGCGAAUCGUUUCGAAUAGAAACAAAUUCUACGAUGACAGAACUGUCAGCCUCUUGUACAUAUAUGGUUCAAAAACUAGCCAACCACUAUUUAUUUAAAUUUUUAAAUUAUUUGUGGCAGAAAAUCAAUCAAUGUGAAAAAAAAUUAGAAAAAAAUCGGUUUAUAUAACUGUGAAUAGUUACACAACGAUUGAUGUUCUCUUCAUCAUAGUAAUUAAGAUCUAGAAAGUGUAAAUAGUGAAAGAUACAAUUUAAAACACUGAAGAAAGGGAAUCGUUUACUUUUAAAAUGGCAAUACAUUAUGUACAUUUGUUAAUAGCAUUUGUGAUUCCACGGAAGGUACUGAUAAUAAACAUGAUUUAACUUGUGAUACAGAAA